GUCUUUGGUUGGAACUAGGAACUAGUUGUUGGCUUCUUUAGUCUCAAUAUGGCACUAGCUUUUCCGAAAGUGGUGUAUGGUUUAAUUGCAUUUGCAAUCUUCUGGGUAUUAGCAGUUUUCCCAGCUGUGCCUUUUCUACCAGUUGGAAGAACUGCAGGGUCCCUACUUGGUGCCAUGCUCAUGGUCCUAUUCCAAGUUAUCACUCCAGAUGAAGCUUAUGCCACAAUUGAUCUCCCAAUUCUUGGUCUUCUUUUUGGGACAAUGAUUGUGAGUGUUUAUCUUGAAAGAGCAGACAUGUUUAAAUACAUAGGCAAGUUGCUGGCUUGGAAAAGUAGAGGUGCAAAGGACUUGCUUUGUAGGAUCUGUAUUAUUUCUGCUGUCUCAAGUGCUCUUUUCACAAAUGACACUUCUUGUGUUGUUUUAACUGAAUUCAUACUAAAAAUUGCAAGGCAGCAUAACCUUCCUCCGACACCCUUCCUACUUGCCCUUGCUUCAAGUGCUAAUAUUGGAUCCUCAGCAACACCAAUUGGCAACCCCCAAAACCUUGUUAUAGCUGUUCAGAGUAAAAUAUCAUUUGGGAAUUUUCUGAUUGGUAUUCUUCCAGCUAUGGUGGCAGGAGUUGUAGCAAAUGCUACAAUUCUUCUAAUCAUGUAUUGGAAGUUAUUGUCUGUUCAUAAGGAUGAAGAAGAUGCAGGUGCUGAAGAUGUGGUAGAGGAGGAGUAUGAUUCCCAUAGGUUUUCUCCAGCCACGAUGUCUCAUUUUUCAUCCUUGAGUUCUCAAGAAUGGCAUUCUCAUCUUGAAUCUAUUAGUAUUCAGAACUCUCCUCAACUUCAGAUUCUAAGAAACCGAUCGGUUUCAAAUGCAAGUGAAAGUAAUAUAACAAGUAAUGGAAUUGCUAGCAGCACUUUUGAUUCUGCAAAAAUGUCAAACAUAUCAAGGGAUGGAAUAAAUGGUGUGGCAUCUCUGACAAAGGAGGAAACUAGCCCUUCAAAUUCUUCAUCAGCAGUAGAUACACCUAUUCACCCUUCAGAAAGAAAAAGCGAUUUUAUCAUAAGAUGGAAAAGGGUACUGUGGAAAUCUUGCGUUUACAUCAUCACACUAGGAAUGCUGGUUGCUUUACUUCUAGGUUUAAACAUGUCAUGGACUGCAAUUACUGCUGCACUUGCUCUCAUAGUUCUUGAUUUCAAGGAUGCUAGACCAUGUUUGGAGAAGGUUUCAUAUUCACUUUUGAUAUUCUUUUGUGGAAUGUUUAUCACAGUAGAUGGCCUGAAUAAGACUGGAAUUCCAAGUUCUCUGUGGGAUUUGAUGGAGCCCUAUUCUCAUGUUGAUCGUGCUAGUGGGGUUGCAGUACUUGCAAUUGUCAUACUUGUCCUAUCAAAUUUGGCUUCAAAUGUACCAACAGGUAAGUGGAUGUGGGGGUUUUUCAUCAUGUGAUGUGGAUUUAUUAACAUUGGUUCAUUGAAUGCAUCAACUUUUUAGAUAGGAGCCUGGCUUGUAAUCAACACACGCCAUAUUCACGGACUUGAAUCCUAUAAAGUUCUUGAUUGCACACUGCAAAGCAAUCAAAGCAAUGCAAGAAAUAGUAAAACGUUAUAUGAAACGACAUAUAUUAAAUGUCCACGUCUAUUGCGAAUCAAUUUGUUCAGGGCCUUUUACCUUCAAAAUAAAAAAAACAUUGAAAGAUAUGUUCAACAAAUUUGACAUGAUUGACUGCUCCUCUAAAGUUAACAAAUGUGUAAAGUGAGAGAAUAUAAGAAUCUGUCUAUUGUUGAUUUAAGAUUAUAUGAUACUUUAGCUCAAAUUAAACAGAAUAUGCAUCUCUGAUUUCUCAUUUUAAACAUUUACUCACAUUAGAAGAGUUAAAUUCAAUAUAGUUAGCUUU